UGGAUGUGUUUUGUGGUGCUGGGGGAGGGGGGAGCAUACUAAGUGUUUGUACUGAGUUUUCGACAUGUUUGUUGGUAUUUUGAGAUGUUGUAUGAUGUUUUAAGUGUAUUUUGGAUAAGUUUUAAGUGUUUUAAGAAGUACAUCGGUCUUACUGGAUAUAUAUGAAGUUGUAAUGAAAGAGAGAGUGAGCCGACAUGAAGGUAAAGCCGAAAUCUUCACCUUCUCGUCCCGUACUGACCCCGUAUUGUUAGGCUUAGCAUGUUGUGGACAUGAUGAGGCAACAGUGAAAUAACCCAGUAAACGUAUGCGUGGGAAAAUGAGAACCGGAAACUACUGCCGUGGAGCCAGGUGACGUCAAUUUGUGUGCUUUGCCUUGUGUGGCUGUAGAUAGACCAUGGCGUGUGUGGAGGGCAUCCUGAGCGAGGCGCGGGCAUGCUGCUGUGAGGGAAGGUUCAGGCAGGCGGACAGACUCUACUCGCAGGCUCUCAUUACACUUACAGCGCUCCAGGACACACAGAGUGCAUUGUUAGCACAACUGUACAACGAACGAGGUGUGUGUCGCUACAAGCAGGUGUACUUUGAUGAUGCAAUAGAGGACUACUCUCAGGCUCUGAAGCUGAAUCCUUCCCUGGCUGCUGCCCAUUACAACAGAGCCACCAUAUAUUACAGACUGUUUGCAUCUUACCCCAGAGGAAGCCAUGAGAGAGAAGAGUGGGUGCUGAAAGCCUUGUGGGACUUCCAGGAGGCUCUGAGGUACGACCCCAACAACAUUGAAUUCAAGGAAGGGUGGCAGAGCUGCAGGGAGGAGAUGGAAACAGAUGAUGAUGUGAAGGCCCUGAGUCUGGAUGGCGUGCCGCUGGCCAAGCUGGUAAAGCUGCUCUAUCUGCUAGACAACGGAGAUGAGGAAACAGGAACAACCGAACUGUACAAGCAGGAAAAUUCAAGAGCUGCUCAGAAAGCUAAGGAGACAUUUCAUCAAAUCCUAAUAUCAAGAGAAUACGGGCGUCGAGAAAUUGUCCAUUUGCUGCAGUGUCGUGCCAAAGAUUUGCUCAAACGUGAGAUCGUCAUUCUGCCAAAAGGCACUGAUGCAGCCGCCAGUAGUGUGAUGAAGCAUGACGAGGACCUGUUGAUUCUAGCAGAAGCCUGUCAUUACUUGGGUAUUGAGUAUGACCCUUCCUUCAUUGACAAAAUUGGGAAAGUUCAGGAAAAAAUGGAAUUGGAAGAUAAGGAGAAAGAAGGAAGCUUUUUCAUAUAUGCAGAAAAUCUUCUCAUGAAUCGCAUCUGUGAUUGUCUCACUUCUGACUAUGUAUACAAGUUGUUUUGUCUCUUCAUGCAUAGAUAUGGUGGCAAACUUGGACUGCAGGUGGACUCAGAUUUAGUGGAGCAAGAUAUGCUUGAGUAUGAAGGUAUUAAAGAAGCCUUGUUUUUCUUUGUAAUAAGAGUAAUGGAGGAGCAGAACUUGCUAAACCGUAUUUACACGGACAAACUGAGGGACAUCUUUGAAGGACUGCUGGAGGAGGCAGGAAGUGAUGAGAUUCUGUCCAUGGUCAUUCGCACAUUGAAGACUUACCCUGAGGAGUGCCAGCCACCAGGCCUGUGUAUUGUGUUCUGUGUCACUGAAGACAGAGAAGGUGCUGACAGUGAAAUUGUAAAGAUACAGAGUGUCUUUGAAGAUUGCUUCAAGUUUACUGUCAAGAUUGAAAGGAAUCCAGAUUGCGACACUUUUGAGAGAUACAAGAAAGAACUGGUGAAAACCAAGUAUAGAUACUAUGAUUCUUUGGUGAUUUGGUUUGUAUCUCAUGGAGAUGAAACAAACCUCAUACUUGCUGGAAAGGAGAUUUAUGAUAGGGAGAAGUUUAUUGAUGACUUUUCCUUAUUUAGCAGCUUUAGCAAGAAACCCAAAAUUUUCUUCAUGGCAACGUGUCGAGGAAAUAAACCCAUCCGUGCUGAUAAGCCAGGAAUGGGAACCAGCUCUGACUAUCAGAACAUUUCUCAAGAUGGCCUGCCAGGCAACAAAACAAGUGUUGCUGUAGCCAUGCGUGUUCCAGAAAACUUUCUGGACAUCUCCAAGAUAUACUACCAGAUGGACCGUCUUGUUGCGUAUGCCACUCUUCCCUCCAACAUUUCCUUCAGGCUCAAAGAUGAAGGUUCAGUGUUUGUGGACACAGUUUGCUCCCUUCUGGAAGGAAGCCAAGGAGAAAACAUCACCCAGGUGCUGGAGGGAGUCUCUCGCCUCAUUCACCAAAUUGUCUUCAAGAGUGAGGAAAAUAAGUUUGUUGGGAAGUCCAAGCAGGCAUGUUUCUAUGAGAGUACCUUGCAGAAGACCUUCCUUGUCCCAAAGGUGUAGAAUAGCUUCUCGGUCCACUUCAGCAUGAACUCUUUCUUGUAACCAUUGGGGAGUUUGUCAAGCAGUUCAAGGUAUGCAAAAAUUAUGUUUUUGUGUAGCAAAAUAUGCAAUACUGUUUUAAUUAACAUUUUUAACAGAAGAUUUGAUUGAUUGUAUUUGUAAUUUGUUAAUUUUUUAUUAGUAUUUAAAAGUGAGAUGGUUUGAUUUUUAUCUAAUCUGAAAGUGCUGUUGGAUGGCAGCCCAUGAGUACAUGAAGUAAUGUACAAAGCCCAGGGUUUGGCACUCAAGCUGCACAUUCACAGUGCUGGACACAAACAGUGAAUGGUUCAUACACAUGUGGCACCUGUCUCAUCAUUUGUGAUCUUGAUGGUGAUUAGGGACCUUCCUGUUUUUAUCAUAUUUAAGAUUUAGCAGCUCACCUUUCUUUGAAGUUUUGAUCUUGACUAUAUAUAUUGUGGCUGUUGUUCAGAUUAUGUUUUGAUCUUGAAGCUGAUUUUUAUGAUGUAUUGUUCAAAUCUGAGCAGGAUUGGGUUAAUUUUAAAUACUCCCAAUGUGUGUGUGUGUGUGUGUGUGUGUGUAUGAGUGAGUGAAUGUGAGUGUAAGUAUGAGAGUGAGAUUCAAUUCCCAGUGUUGAGGGUCACGCGCUGGACUUCUGAUUCCCAGUGGUGUCCUGCCAGUGAGAGCUUAGUGUGGUGUUGAGUAGUAGCAGUAGCAGAGUUGUAUUUAGCAUGGGGAGGCAGUGAUGAUGGGGGAAAAUCAUAAGAGAAUUUUUGUGCCAACACCUUCAGGGAGACAGUGCACUUAUGGAUGUUGUGAGUGAGUGGAGUUGAGUAGCACUAGUUGGUGGAUUGUGUGGAUGUGAGUAUUACACUAGGAGGUGGACUGUGUAAGUGGAUGGUAAUAGGUGGAUGUGGUUUGACAGUAAGAGAUGGACUGUGUGGAGAAGCAGUGACUGUUAGCUACAAGAGGUGGAUGUGGAGUGAUUGACAGUAGGAAGUGGAGUAUGUGGGUGGUGGGUGACUGGUGAUGGUUAGCAGUAAGUAGGACUAAGAUAUGUUUGAUUGACUUGUGAUAAUGGCUGAUGGUAGACAGAUGUAGAUGAUAGAGUUUGGUAAUGGAGAUGUACUCAAAAGUCAUGUUGGUUAUGAGAUGACCACGUGCCCUUUUGAUUCAUUCAAUAUUGGUAUCAGAUAUUUGUUUAGAAGGAUAUUUUGGUUAUGACUUGAAGAGGUUUGGUCUAAAGUAAAACAAAAACUAGUGAAGCAUGAGGUUGUGAAGAGGUGGAUGAGUGAAACCAAAGAGUGAGAUCUGAGAGGGAGACAAACUGUAAAGUGAAUAAGCAGAUUGGAUAAGUGUUGGUGGGAGAGAGAGAGAGAGAGAGAGAGAGAGAGAGAGAGAGAGAGAGAGAGAGAGAGAGAGAGAGAGAGAGAGAGAGAGAGAGAGAGAGAGAGAGAGAGAGUGACAGUCAGGGUUCUGAAGACAUGAUGAGAAAGGGACACAUUGAGACUCUAAAACUAUCCAACCCUGUAAAGAAAAAUAAUGACAUUUAGUGCAAUAAUAAAUAUGAUAAUGAGGUAAUGCCAGAACAGUACAAGAUAGUAAGAUAAUGCAAGAACAGUAAAAGAUAGUGACCUUUCUUUCAUCACCAAAAUUUUUAAGGAAGUUUGUGGAGAGGACAAAAAAUGUAGAUAUAUGUAUGGAUUCAGAACCUCAGCAUCAUUCUUAGGAGGAAUUGGAGCCCCUUAAUCAUCAAUCAAAUAAUCAAUCUCAGGAGGAAUGAGUUUGGCAUUAACUUAGCAUGGUAAACCUUGAAGUAAAUAUAAGGACCCAGUAUGAGAAUGUUAUGGCUUAAUUGUGAAGGAUGCAUAGUAAACCCUGGAUCCAAUAUGAGAUUGUUAUUGUUUAGUUGUGAUGGAUGCAUAUUAAACCCUUAACCCCUUCAGUACAAUGACACAUUUCCAUAUUCAUUGUGGUGACUAUCUGGUGAUUUUCUACGGCAUCACCAACUCAUGUGGGGGAUUAAAAUAGUAAAGACUGUGGCCAUUAAUCUGUAAGAGGUCAACCACGUACAUGUACGUGGAGUCUUUGCUUACUAUCUGUGGUCAAUCACGUACAAGUAUGUUCACCCCUUUCUCGGUUUCCAUGUGUUUGAAAUUCCCUCUAGCUUCAAUAUUUAUGUUCUUUGAAGUGUCUAGCAUAUAUCAGCACAGUUUCCUGCCAUUCUGACAUGGGUUAGUCAUCCCCCUCCCCCACCCCUCCCUGCUGCCUUGCCUUGGCGUGACCCAAAAAAACGGAGCAACAUUUGGUAUUACUGUCAUGAAUGUGAUGUAGCUCUAUGCAUUGAGCCUUGUUUUGAAGAGUAUCACACCCUGCUGCAAUACUAAAAAAACUUAGAUACUGAAAGAAAAAAUGAUAAACAAUAUUUUGUGGUAAACUGAGCAAAUUAUUUUUUACAUUAUAUUUACAGUAUUUACAAAUGUUUUUUGUAUUUUUCAUUUUAUAAAACAUGGAUUAAUUUAUGAAUAUAUAACCAUUAUACACAUGUCUCGUAGGAGAAAAAUAUCGAUAAAACAAUUAAAAAAACCUCAUUCAGAAGUUGUACACCUGGCAGCAUCACUGAGCGAGGUAAAUUUAAAGCUCCAGCUGGACAUUUAAAAAUGACAAUUUCAAAUUUUAACUCUUAUUCAAAUUUUAACUCUUAUUUUUACUUUUCUAUGCCCAUUUUGAGUUAUAUGGAAUAAAAAAAAAAAGUGGAGUUUUUGGUGACCUGGACGAGUAUUCGGAGGUAAAUCAGUGCUGACCUCUUACGGGUUAAUCUUCUUUAGAGAGCCAGCACUUAGGUGGGGCUUUUUUUAACUUUCUUUUUUUUUUUGCCCUUGGCUGGCCCUCUUCCCUACGUAAAAAAAAAAAAAAAGAAAUACACCCUUGCUAAUGUCAAUAAAAUGGACUAAUGGUACACAAAACUCAAAGUAAGAAUGUGUCCCAGUACUGAAGGGGUUAAGUAUAUAUAAGAACCCAGUAUGAGAUUGUUAUGGCAUAGUUGUGAUGGAUGCAGAGUUACAGAGCUGAGGUAUAAUGGUGUGGUGUUGUAGUGAAGGAAGGUGAGGGUGUUGGCCUGCCUCUGGUGAAAGCCAUGCGAUGUGUUACAGGUUUCCGUUGUAGAGCACACUUAUAUUUCAUGCUGAGUGUGGCUUGCAAAUUGUUAAAGUUCAAAGUAAGAUUAUUUUGACCCCUGUUGUGAUUUACAGAUGUAGAAAUCAGAUUUGCAAGAACGUAAAGAAAGAAAAUGAGGAAAGUAUGAGAUCUUUGGUUGGUGUGACUGAUGGAUAUUUGAUUUAUGUCCUUAAAUAAUUCCCCUGUAUUGGCAUUGAGAGGUUGGCAAGUACUGUAGAAGGAAGAGGUGGUGGUGGAAGGGUCUUUCCUGGCUGCCUCGUAUAAAUUGAUAUAUUAACUAGUACUAUAACACAACUCAAGCCUCUGAUAUUAACUCCUUCUCUGUGAUAGUUGUGGUAUUAUUUCCUUUUCAUUAUUAAUCCAGCAAUUGUUUUUCCCCCCUCUUUCUUUUCCAAACUGAAGUGUACUUGUGUGCUUGGUGAUUCUGCUCAGUUGAAGACAUUAAUGUAUAUGAUGAUGUUACUACUGUUGUAAUUGCACUCUUGUGGUUAAUCUAAUUAUUUGUCUUGUUCUGGAGUGUAGGGUUUUUCUAUAGUAAUUCAUGACAAAAAUUGAUGUUAUUAUGAGAAGUUAUGCAUUAUUUAUGUUUUGUGUAUGUGUGGUUUGUGUUAUUGAUGAUUUAUGUGUGAUGGGCUGCUCUCUUUCCUCUCAGUGUUUAGAGCAGAUUUUUUUUAUUUAUUUAUGUAUUGUUAUUUAUUUAUUUAUUUAUUUAUUUAUUUUUAUUUUUUCAUAUAAGAGAGAAGGCCAGAAAAGGACAGCAAAAUAAUGAAAAAACAAAAAAACAAAAAAGCCCCACAUGAGUGCUGGCUCUCUAAAAGAUAAGUGGAGAAUUAACCAAAAUUAGGGAGCAAAUGUCUUGGUACCUUCCUCUUAAAAGAAGUUAAGUCAUAGGAAGGUGGAAAUACAGAAGCAGGUAGGGAGCUCCACAGUUUACCAGAGUGUUAUUAUUCAAAGUUGUGAGUCCGUUCUAUAAGGUCUCGUAAAGUGGUUAUGUACUUAUAUGUAUCAUUCAUGCUGGGUUGCUCCUCCAGUCCCAGUGAGACAUGCUGGUCCUGACAGAACUAGGUGUCAUUGUCAGGAAUUACAAGUCACUUCAGAGAGGAAGUGUGACAAAAGUGAAAUGUAAUGAAGUGAUUUGCUGCCUGAUCUGGUUGUGGUGCAAUUGAGAUGCAGUUGUUCUGGUGUUGCUGCGCUGGUCGUGUCUGUGGUUUGUUGUUUGUCUCUGUGUUGCCAGUAUGAGAUUCCAAGAUGUGGGCAUUUGUUAUUCAGUGCUAUAUAAUUUACACAAAAUGCUAAUAUUAGUUUUAAGUUGGUCUGUAAUGAUAUUUACUAAGGUGUUGUAGCAGUUGUUCUUUUAAGUUUUACAGUUCUAUCUUAUCUCAAGAAAUUAUUGUAUUUUAUUUGAUUUUAUUCAUGUUUUGGCAGUUUUUCCCUCAGAAUGAAAGGCAGACUAUUUUUAGUCUAUUGCAAGUAUGCACAUGUGCACACGUGUGUGCACACACACACACACACACACACACACACACACACACACACACACACACACACACACACACACACACACACACACACACACACACACACACACACACACACACACACACACACACAGAUGUACAAGAGGGCAGGAAUGCCAGCCCCAUGGCUUUGCUGAACUGCAAGGUCACAUUUUUGUCUUCAACUCCCUACCUUCCCUCUCCGCUGUGAGCCAAGCCUGCUGAUCCCUACAGCACCGGCCUGCUAUAGAGAAUUAUUGCCAUACGUAGAUAAUUGUUACUAAUGAAAAUAUGUGAAAAGUCUAUGAAAAUAAGAAUUUUUAACAUUUUAUAUUUUUAAAGAAAGAAUAGCUAUACAUACAUAGGUAUAUAUUUUCCAAGGUACAGUAAAUCUCAACAGCUACAGUAGUUGUAUAUUGAUGUGCUACAGGUUCUGUAUCCUCCUCACCACAUGUGUGUAGCUCUGUAUGCCAGGUGGAGGAGCUAAGCAAUACCUCACCAUAGCUUCCCUGCACAGUAUUUUAAGAGGGGUGGAGGGGUGCCCCUGUACAAUCUGCUAACCCCUAAGUACAGACACACACUUGCUGAACUAUAAAGGCUGUAUUUUCAAAAACUUUUCUCAAUGGAACUGUUUUCAAGGACAGAUUAUUUGGGUUUUCAAGUGUUCCUUUUGACUGACCGUGCUGAAGCCUUGGUAAACUAUUAGAAUCACGAGAACACUUGAAAAUUCAGUAACUUCCUUUAGAGCUUGUGGAAAGUCGAGAUGCAGAAGUGUUUGGAAAUAUGGCCCAGACUUGUUAGCUGAGGAGUUUUGCAAUACCUGGUGAGAGAGAGAGAGAGAGGAUACCUAGGAUACCUGUGGCAACCUGUGAUAUAAAAGAGUCAAGAGUCAUUAUAUACAUAGAUGGUUUUGUUACUUUUUGCAGUUAAGACACAUUGUUGGUGUUGUGCUCAAGUUGUAUUUGUGUAUAGUCAGUUGUUACCAGUCAGGAUUCCUUACAACCCUCCCCCCUCCAGUCAGUUUGUGCUUUGAGUUCAUUGUAUUCCAGUUACCAGUUUGUUUUUGAGUGCAGUAUAUGAAAAUCCCCAGUUACUGUAUGGAGUUUGAAAUUAGUGUACCAGUGGCAAUAAUUUAUACUCCCAUGCAUAUCAUCAUCCAGUCCGUGCAUGGAACACUGAAAUAUUAUGUAGUGUCGCCAUGCAGUACAUCCUCAAAGGUUCAUCUGUGAAUAUUCCCCUCAAAACAAAUAGUCUUGUAUGUUUCCCCAAAAGUUGAACCUAACUAAACCUUACCAGACUGAACUUAACAUAAUAUUCCUCACCUGAACUUACAAGCCAAAUUUAACUUAACCUUAAUCUUACAACCUAGCAUAACAUAACUUAACUUGUUCUUUCACAAACUUAGCAAACUUAAUCAUGCACGAUUCCCUACUUAACCAAAAUAACCUAACAACCUAAUCUUAUCCAACUUUACCUAACUUACUACAAAUUAAUCUUAUGUAACCUAAUCUGACAUAUAAACUAACCUAAACUGAACUUAAUUUUCCGUACCUGACUCAACUUCUUCAAAACCUAACGCAACCUUCCAUAACCUUAUUAUUUUGCCUAACCUAACCUAACUUGCUCAUUCCUUAGCUAAUCUAACUUGCCUUGCUUUAUCCUUAUCCUAACCUCAACCAACCCAACCCAACCCAAUCCAAUCCAAUCCAAUCCAAUCCAAUCCAAUCCAAUCCAAUCCAAUCCAACCCAACCCAACCCAACCCAACCCAACAUAACCCAUCGAAAUGCAACCCAACCCAUCUCAAUCCAACCCAACCCAACCCAAACCAACCCUACCUAACCCAUCCAAAUGCAACUCAACCCAUCUCAACCCAACCCAACCCAACCCAACUCAACCUAACCUAACCUAACCUAACCUAACUUCAUGUAAUUUAUCAUGGAGGGAAGUUAUUUAGGGAGGAACCACAUGAGGGAAGUAUAGUCUACUCUAUAAAAAUUAGUUUUGCUACUCAUAAUAUUUGUUGAGUUAUCAUUACCCAUUCACAAAAGCAGCACAGGAGAGUCUACAGUUAAUUAUUUGGUAGUUCUUUUGGUGUUAUUGUGGAGAAGUGAAGAUAUUGUUGCAUUUUGAGUACUCUUGAUUGAAUUUUUAGCAGUUUGUCUAUUUUUGUGUUGAUUUGGUGGUAGAGACACGAAAGUAGUUACAUUUAUGAGUAUUUUAAUUCACUCUUAGUAAUCUGUAUUUUGUAUUGAUUGACAGGUAGGAAAAUUAAAAUAAUAUUGAUUGGGUAUGUUAAUUUGCAGGUAAAAACACAAAACAUUUAUGCGCACUUUAAUUAAUUCUUUUUGGCAAUCUGUAUUUUGUAUUGGUUGACAGGUAGGAAAAUGAAAAAUAAAAUUGGUUGGUUUUGUUAAUUUCCUGGUAGAAACACAGAAGUAGUUACAUUUUUUAGUACUUUAAUUCACUGUUUUGGCAAUGUGUAUUUUGUGUUGAUUGACAGGUCGGAAAAUGAAAAAAAUGAUAUUGGUGGAGUUUGUUAAUUUGUAGGUAAAAACACGGAAGGAGUUACGUUUAAGAAUAUUUUAAUUCAUUCUUUUGGUAAUGUGCAUUUUGUAUUAGUUUGCAGGUAAAAAAAAAAAGAUUGCAUUAUGAGUACUCUUUAUUAUAUUUUUGGUUACUUUUCUAUUUUUGUAUUGUCUUGCUGUUAGUAAAAACAAAAUAUGCUGUUAACUUAUUUAAUUUUUCACACCAUUAAUUUCCGUAAGCCAUCAACCUGUACCCGUGUGAGGUAAUAAUGUGCACUUGUGAUAACAUCUUACGUGCAAUAUUGAAUAAAACACCAUGAUAUUA